CAACCAAAUCAAAACCAAAUUACCAACUUCAACUUCAUUGUCCCCCUUAUCGAACAUUCCUCCACCACGACCCGCCCAACACCACCACUUCCUCUUCCUCCUAUAUAUACAUACAUAUACACCCUCACAGCAUCAAGAAAAGAUCUAGAAAUUCUCAAUAUGCGCUGCAACUAUGGUUUUUCACUACCCAGAAGCGAUCCCCUCCGCUUCUCCUUCCUCCCAUCAAUCCGACCCGAUCCACUUCUUAUUCCCUCCUCCGUAUCAUUCCGUGUCGGACCGGGCCGAACCAUUAAACUCGUUAAAUCCACCCUUAAUGAUACUCUAUCAUUCACCUCGGAGAAGCCCUCCAGUUUCUACGAUUUAUUGGGCAUACCCGAGACGGGAUCUUUGAUUGAGAUCAAACAAGCAUACAGGCAGAUGGCCCGGAAGUACCACCCGGAUGUCUCCCCUCCGGGUCGGACUGAGGAGUAUGCUCAGCAGUUCAUAAGGGUACAAGAGGCCUACGAAACGCUGUCGGAUCCUGGAAAGAGAGCGUUGUACGAUUUAGACAUGGCUAAGGGGCUUCACCUCGCAUUCUCUGCCCGGAGGCGUUCCGAAUUUGACCAGCAAAUGGAACAGAAGUGUGAAUGGAAGGGACGAUGGGAAUCUCAACUAUCAGAGUUAAAUAGAAGAAGUAUGUACAAGGACUCGACUGAAAAUAUGUCGUGGGGGGCACGAAUGCGUAGACAACGAAAUGAAUCAUCUUAAUCGUACGUUUGACAAAGUUUACUAGAUAAUAUAGUCUAAUAUUGUAUGCCAAUUACCAAGCAUGCACUUUCCAUUAUGGUUGUACAUAGUUAUUUUUCUUUAUUUUGGAAAGGGUAGGUGUAUAUCAAUCUACAUUAAGAUGUAACUAUGUAUACUUAUACAUAAAUGAAGGUAAGUUCCCUUAGAAACCAAGGAAUCGGAUUCGGACCAUGUGGACCGUUAUCUAA